AUGAUAAAAAAUUAUAUUGCUCAAUUACGUAAAUUAAGUAUAGGUUGUAAUUUCACUGAUUUAGAUCGUACUCUGAGAGAUAGAUUGGUGUGUGGAAUAUUAGAUAAAGAUAUUCGGAGGAAACUGCUUCAACAAAGGCAAUUAACAUUUGAACAAGCUUGUGACAUAGUAUUAUCACAGGAAACUGCAAAUUUUGAUGCAAAUAUUAUCACACCAUGUAGUACAAAUACUCCAGUUCUUGAUACAAUAGUGCCAAUGGAUAUUAACAAAGUACGGGUGAGUCAGAGAAUGUCUUCUCAAAGCACAAAUAAGAAUAAUGAGAAUAUGUCAACCUGUUUUCGUUGUGGGAAACCACAUAGGGGUGAAUGUAGGUUCCGCUGGACUAAAUGCCAUCAUUGUGGGAAAAUUGGUCAUAUAGAGGCAGCCUGUUUAUUGAAGUCCAGCCAAGGUAAGAAGUAUAAUUCAGAAUGUAAUGGGCUAUAUGAAGUGGGAAUCAACAGCAUUAGACAAGACAAAGUGGAUCCUUUUGUGAUUAGAGUAUUCCUUAAUAGAAUGGAAUUACUGAUGGAAGUAGAUUCAGGUUGCCCAUAUACAAUUAUAAAUGAGAUAACAGCCAAACAAAUAUGGAAGGGUAAAUUACCUAAACUAGAAUUAACAGAUAUUGCAUUAAAAUCUUACACAGAAGGUAGUGGUUCAAGCCUAAUUGGCAGGAAUUGGUUUGCACAAUUGGGUAUAAGUAUAGAAGGAUUAAAUAAUGUUAAAUCAAUGGAUUUUAAUAAGGGACAGAUAACACAAUUGUUAUAUAGAUACAAACAGAUUUUUGAGCCUGGUUUAGGCAAAUACACUGGACCAGUAGUGAAUAUUACACCAAAAGAGGGUUCUGUACCAAAGUUCCUUAAAAGUAGACCCAUUCCAUUUGCAAUUAGAGAAAGAGUAUUUAAAGAAAUAGACAGACUGGUUCAAGAGGAGGUACUAGAACCUACUACACAUUCUGAAUGGGCUACUCCGAUAGUCCCAGUAUUAAAAGCAAAUGGUCAGGUACGUUUGUGUGGAGAUUAUCGGUCCACUGUGAAUGCAGCUACUAAUACAGAUACAUACCCUUUACCUACACUUAAUGAAGCUUUUGUACAGCUUCAGGGGGGAGUAAUAUUCUCAAAAAUUGAUUUGGAGCAAGCAUACACACAGGUGGCUGUCGAUAAUAACACAGCCAGCUUGCUUACAGUAAAUACACCUAGAGGAUUAUACAAAGUAAAGCGGUUGGCCUUCGGUGUUAAAGCUUGUCCUGGUAUUUUUCAAAGGCUGAUGACUUCAUUACUGGCAGGAAUAACAGGAAUAGCUGUUCUGUUAGACGAUAUCGUUAUUUCUGGUAAGGAUAUCAAUAUACACAAUGCAAGACUGGAGAUGGUGUUACAGAGGUUACAAAAAGCUGGUCUAAGAGUGAAUAAAGAAAAAUGUUUAUUUGCAGUACCUAAGGUCAAGUUUUUAGGUUAUUUAAUAGAUGAGUCAGGAAUACAUCCAUCUAAAGAGAAAACCAAAAAAUAUAAAGGAAUUACAGGCAUUUCUAGGACUUCUUAA